AUGGAAUUAUUUUUACGGAUUUCUGAAAAAAUAGUAUUAUUAAGUGCAUUUACUAUAAUUUCAAUUGGUUUAUCCUUAACUGGUUAUGGGAUUUAUAUUAUUGCUCUUGUAUAUUUUUAAGAUUAUGAUGGUAAUUUAUUUAUAACAUUUAGGAUUUUUUAAAUUUGAUUCCGAUUUUGGAAUGUUUGCUUAAAUUUAUGGUGCUCUUAUAAUUGGAAUUGCACUAAUAUUGAUAGGUAUUUUUGGAAUCUUAGGUUCUAUUUCUAAAAAAGUUUGUUUUAAAAAAGGGUUUUUGUUUUUAUAUCAUAUAAAUGUGUUUUUGUUUGGGAUCAUAUUUUUAGUAGUAUUUUACUUAUUGAUUUUCGAAGCCAAAGAAUAUUUCGAAAAAUGUAGAAUUUAUAUAGAAAAAUAGCUUGUGAAUCUACAUCAAAUUUUAAAGAAUUAAGUGAUGGUGUUGAGAGUGCAAAUGAAUCAUUCUGUUCAAUAAGUUGUCCUUGUAAUUUGAAUGCAAAUAACUUUAAAGAUAAAUCUGUUCUAAAAGGAAAAUUUGGAUUUUCUUCUGAAUUGUUACCUUCAAAUGUACAAGGUUGUAUAGGAUUUGAUUCUAAAACAUAUAGUUAUGCAGUUCAAUUAAUGAAUGUAUACUUAGUUAUAAACAAUUAUAGAUAUUGGAAUAUAACUUUUAAUGUUCUGGAUGGUGUACAAGUACCUAAAUUUUUGUUUUUUCUGAUGUUAAUAGAGGCAAUACAUCAGGUUUAAGUUGUUUUAAUAGAUUUUAAAGCUAUUACAAGGAUUAUGUUACUAUAAUAGGAUAUAUUUCAAUGAGUUUGGGAAUUCUAUUUUUUUUAUCUUUUCUGUUGAUUUUUUAUCUAUAUUGUGGUAAGAGAGAAUUGGAGAAAAAAAAGAGUUAAGAAUUACAUUUAUUAUGUAAAUGA